UUUCAUGUUCUUCAUUUCAUAUUGGUCCUUUGCAGGAAGAAGAUGGGUGACAGCCAGCCCAAAAUGGAGGUGUGUCCUUAUUGUAAGAAGCCGUUUAAGCGACUGAAAUCCCACUUGCCCUAUUGUAAGUUGAGGGGCCCAGCCUUACCUUGUGACCAGAAAGGUCAGCGGUCGAAGCCGGCUGAACUUGCACUUGCCACAAAAGCUAAAGAGCCUAUCCGAGAUGUAAUGAAAGCUCAAAGGGGAGAAUCAGAGAGGGAGAAAAAAAAUACUAAGUUGUUAAGGGACAAGCUAGUACAGACGAGUGAGGCCUCUCCUCUACUAGCUGUUGGCUCAGAAAGAGCGGGUAGUACCGACACUCCAGACAAAGACAGCAACAAUCAAGUCCAGCUCUCAGCCAAAAUGCUAAAUACUGAACCUGAGACGAGUCGCCAUGGAGAAACAAACACUCAGCUUUAUGCCCCAGAGAGCACCUCUGCUAAAAAAGAACUUGGCAGAAAUGUGUGCCCAUCAGACAACAGUAGCUGCAGUCAUCCGGGAACUGCAGCCUCUCUCGUGGUCGGCUCCCUGAAGCCUUCACUGUCAGCUCAAGGGGGAGUGUACCCUUCAGCCCCACCUGACAAUGCGCAUACUGCUUCUAGUGACCUAAAACUGGACACAGUUGACCCCCGAAGACAGGGGCUUCUGGCCACACUAUUAGAUGUGCCCCCUGGUGAUUAUCGCAGCUCGCCAAGGAAUCUCAAUGAUGGGGUUGAGGGACCAGAAAUAUCCAUGUCAGGCAACGCAAGAGAUGCCCCAGGAAGGGCUGGCCCCUCAGGAGUCUCUGCUGGUGUUAGAGACACUGAGGCUGGGAACAAGAACACAGAGUCCCUCAUUUCAGGCCUUACAGUUAACCCGUUGGGGCCAACCUGCGGGAAACAGCAUGAAGGAAAAGGACUUCACCUUGAAGGAGAGGCAGGUGGGAGCAAAGGAAAUGCCGAGAAAAGCAUGCCUGCCAGAGAAAUUCCAGAGCGGACUUCUGCUAGCCUGGGUUCCAGAGGUUUCCAGACUGCUGAUUCUGCCACAGAGAAGGCGUCUCGAGACGAAGGCCCACGCUCACGUGUGUUCACGCCCAGGGAGAAGGCCUACAAUGAGUUUCUCUCUGUCCUGCAGGCAAGUAAUCAGAACCUCACAUCUGUGGCCAUCAAACUGCUUCAAGAAGAGAAAGCAGAAGAAACUCGUCAUCAAGUCCCGGAUGUAAGAGCAUCAGUGGAGAGCAUGGGACACAUCUCUCUGGACCCCACAUCUGGCCAGCACACUGGGUGCCAGCAGUUCUUAGAGUCAGCCCAGCAUCACGUUCCUAACAGCCCCUUCUUCAGUCGUGUGGACACUGAGGCAAGAAAGACGCUUUCUGGUUCUCUGGGGCUGGAGUGGUUUCCAGAACUCUACCCUGCCUACCUUGGGCUGAGGGUCUUACCAGAGAAGCCUCAGUAUUGGGGUGCCAUGAUCCGGAAGCCUCAGCUCCCGAGUCCCCAGGGGGCAGGCCACUCACCAGUACCUUGGUUGGAAAGAAGUUCGACUGCUCUGAGGAGUGUGGAGCCCCUGAGCCGACUCCCAGCCCCCGGCUUGUCCCUGAAGAGGCUCUUGGAAGCUGCACAGAAAGGCUGGGUCAGGUACAACACCACCAUGAGGCAGCGCGGAGUUGGUGGCGUCACUAUGCUCUUCACAGGAUACUUCAUCCUUUGCUGUCGCUGGAGUGUCAGGCAUCUGAAACUGCAGCGCUGGCGUAAGUAAGGUUGACCCGGACAGCACUCGGGAAAGCUUGGGAUCUCCAAGGCAAGCGGGGCACCCACGGCUGCGGCACAGGUCUAACAAGUUCACGUUGUAUUGGGACAGGAGAGGAAGUGAAGAGAAUAAAAUUACUGCCAUCUCCAACA